UUCCAUAGCUUCCUCUUUUUCUAGGGUUUCUGAUCCGAAAUGGCCCUCGUGCAUAAUCUUACAACACAACAGAUCCUUGACGUGGACGACCCAUGUCAAGCCUAUUUUCUUUUCCAUGCCGAAACUUCACUUGGACAUGGGCUUCGUGCAUUUUUGUAUUUUCUAGCACUUGCUUAUUGUUUCCUUGGACUCUCGGCCAUAACUGCAAGGUUUUUUCGAUCCAUGGAGCAUGUUGUGCAACAAACUCGGGUGGUGGUGGAGAUUCAUCCUACCACCCAUACAMAAAUCGUCAAACAUGAAAAAGUCUGGAAUUUUACAAUUGCAGACAUUACACUCUUGGCUUUUGGAACCAGCUUCCCACAGAUCUCUUUGGCUACUAUCGAUGCAAYUAGGAAUAUUGGCCAACUCUAUGCUGGAGGUUUAGGCCCUGGAACACUUGUUGGUUCUGCUGCCUUCGACCUCUUCCCCAUCCAUGCAGUUUGUGUGGUGGUUCCAAAAGUUGGAGAAGUGAAAAAGAUAUCAGAUCUGGGAGUUUGGAUAGUAGAACUCUUUUGGUCCUUCUGGGCAUAUAUUUGGCUUUACAUAAUCUUGGAGGUAUGGACUCCAAAUAUUAUCACUUUGUGGGAGGCCUUGUUCACAGUGCUGCAAUUUGGGUUGUUGCUUUUACAUGCUUACGCCCAAGACAUGCGGUGGCCCUAUAUAUCUCUUCCUCUGGAUCGAACCGAAAGACCGGUGGACUGGGUACCAGCAGAGGUCUCUCCACGCAAAGAUGGAAACGACAGUUUCUCUCUUCAAGAUGAUUGUGACCAAGAUAAAUGUAUUGCAGAUAUAUUUUCCAUCCACUCAGGAACUGAGGCAGAUCCUAUGUAUGAACAUCUACCUCUAAGUGAUCCAUCUGAGUCSCCUGAUAAGCAUUUUGAUGAAACAACCAUCUAUGAUGUUUUCUCAGUUUGGAAGCACCAAUUUGUYGAUGCUCUCAUGUUGGAAAGCACAAAACUGAGAGAAGCCAAUACGAGUUGGUGGUGGGUGGCAAAGGUUUUGUGGCAUGGUCUUGUUGCUCCAUGGAAACUGCUAUUUGCGUUUGUGCCUCCAUAUCAGAUCGCUCAUGGUUGGAUUGCUUUUAUCUGCUCUUUGUGUUUCAUCAGUGGGAUAGCUUACGUUGUUACGAGGCUAACUGACCUAAUCAGCUGCGUUACAGGGAUUAACRGUUAUGUGAUAGCAUUCACUGCAUUGGCAAGUGGAACCUCAUGGCCGGAUUUAGUGGCAAGUAAGAUUGCUGCUGAAAGACAAAAAACUGCAGAUUCUGCCAUUGCAAAUAUUACUUGCAGCAAUUCAGUGAACAUUUAUGUGGGAAUUGGAGUUCCAUGGCUGAUCGACACACUUUACAACUUCAUCGCAUAUGGGGAACCUUUGUAUAUUGAGAACGCAGAGGGGCUGAGCUUCUCGCUGCUGGUUUUCUUCUCAACUUCCGUGGGGGCAAUUUCAGUUUUGGUACUUAGACGGAUUGUGUUUGGUGGUGAGCUUGGAGGACCUAGGGGUUGGGCUUGGGUCACCUGCGUGUAUUUCAUGUCACUUUGGCUCAUAUUUGUUGUCUUAUCAUCCCUAAAAGUUUCUGGCAUCAUUUAAGAAAUCCUUUUACCGAUCAUUCUUCAUUUCUCCCCUCAGUUAUUUGUUGAAAGCUAAAUUUGUUUCUUCURGCUACAGGAGAUUAUAGACAUAGAAAUUCAUUUGUAACAUCUUGUCCCAUAUUGAUGAUUGUUAUAUAGUAUCAGCUGCCUGCUUUCCUUCC